UUUAUAUUAAAUAUGUUUAAGUAUGGAAAUUCUUAUCUUAGUUUCGCAAAUAUUUGGCAUGACGAAGAUAUAGAUCAGUGUUUAAUAUGUGUGAGGUGGAGGCGUAUGGAGGACAAAGAAAACGUAUUCUGGAACCUCAUGUUGUCACGGUCGUUAAAACUGAUACAGGGUUUGGUUUCAAUGUUCGGGGACAGGUGAGUGAAGGUGGGAACCUGAAAUCUAUAAACGGCGAGCUCUACGCCCCUCUUCAACACAUCUCGGCGAUUCUACCUGGUGGAGCGGCGGAAACGGCGGGUAUAUUCCGGGGGGAUAGAAUUCUAGAGGUGAAUGGAGUUAGUGUUGAGGGAUCAACUCACAAACAGGUUGUUGAACUGAUAAAGUCCGGAGGGGAUUCUCUGACACUGACUGUUAUUUCACUUCCCUCCGGAGACGUGGAGAGACUUGAACCUCCGGAGACUAUUCCGGUUCAUUUCUUGGACUACUCGGAGAAACGAUCUUUACCUAUAACUAUUCCCGACUACAAACAUCUGGAGGAUCUUGGAGAAAAAUUUGUUGUUUAUAAUAUUUACAUUGCUGGCAGACAUCUUUGUUCUCGCAGAUACCGCGAGUUUGUGGAUCUUCACAACUGUCUGAAGAACGAGUUUAUUGGGUUUAAUUUCCCCCGACUCCCGGGGAAAUGGCCGUUUUCGUUGAGUGAGCAGCAACUUGAUUCCAGGAGACGAGGUUUAGAAAUCUACUUGGAGCGGGUUUGCGCAGUUCGAGUUAUUGCUGAGAGUGAAACCCUGCAGGACUUCUUGACUGAGCAUGAAGACGAAAUUUCUUCGUCUCCCCUAGUGGACAUCAAGAUAAUCAUACUGGACGAGCAGGUUAUAUCCGUCAAGGCAAAGCGGAAUUCAACUGCUGAUGAGGUUUUCAGGAUGGUUGCUCAGAAGAUCGGUCUGUUCCCGGAGAACUGGGAGUUCUUCUUCCUCUUUGAGAUUGUGGAGCAUAACUUUGAGCGUCGAGUUCAACCCACGGAGUUUCCGCAUUCUCUGUACAUAGCAAAUUACAGUACUGCAACAGCAACAUGCUUGUCCUUUAGAAAAUGGUUGUUCCAUCCUAGAGUAGAAGUUGAACUGGAGAGUGAUCCUGUUGCAUUGAAAAUUUUGUUUUACCAGGCGGUGGCCGAGGUGAACCAAGGUUGUAUUAACACUAAGGACAGGUUGCAUCAGUUGAAGGCUCUCCAGGACGGAGAGAAGAUGAAGGAGUAUCUUGCCACUGUGAGACAGAUGGAGGGAUACGGAGGAGUUGUGUUCCCGCACUGUUCCUCUGACGCCCGGAGAGAAGGUCAUGUUGUUCCUGUUGUUACUUUCGAGGCUCUCCGCCUACAGGCUUGUAAAGAGGACGGAGAACUGGAGGAUCAGAUCAUAGAAUUCGCCUGGGAGACGAUUACUCAGUUCGAGGCGGAGGAAAAUGGGCCCAGCUUCCAGUUUCAUUACAGGAGAGAAGGUAAACCUGACAGGAUUGUUCGAAUCUUCUCACACUACUAUAUUCAUCUAUUUGAGUGCUUUGAGAAGAUCCAAGAAGAAAUAGGUUGGAGCAGACAGUUAGAAAACCAGUCUCUUUAGGUAGAUAGAGGUCAUUUAGGUAGCUGAAAGAUCUCUAGACAGCUGAAGGUCUUUUAGAAAACUGAUGUAAUCCUCCGGUUGAAAAGUCUGAUAUUUAUGAAUUAAAAAAGAGCUAUUUGAGUGAGCAGUUUUAAAACCUUAGAAAUAAAUUCUUGUUAUCUCUCCGUACCCCUUACUUUUUUGGAUUUCCAAAUCAUGGCUACAACCUAUAUAUAACAAACAAAUUUACGAGGUUUAUCUGUAAUAUUUAUUUAUGUAACUGCUGAUCAUGAAAACCAAAUAUUCUGAAGUAUUGUAAUGUAUUUAAUCUAGACUCUGUUGUUAACCCCUCUAAAGAUAUUUAAAUGUAAGUAAAUGACAAGACAUGAUCUACAUUAUCAUCACCAAGGAUAGCAACAUUCAUUAUUUUAUUUGACUUUUUUCUUUAUUUGAUAUUUUAAUGAUCUCAUUAUUUCUGACACAAAACUUUUAACUAUAAUCCUCACUCGUUAUUGUGAUAGAUAGCAUUUUAUUUCUGUGUUAAAGAGUUUAUUAUUAGAUAUUUUAUUCCAUGUUAGCCAUAAUAUUUCUCAGAGUUUUAACCUACGUUGUAUUACAAACAAACCUGUUCAAAUGUUCAAUGCAAUACCUAAACACCCGACAGUCAAAAACAAAUAGUUAUUCUAGAAAUUGUUCACGUAAGGGUAGUUAAAUACUUUUAUAAUUUAAACCAGAACUUCAAAAUUUGGUUUAAUUACUUAAAUCUCAAUUUUAAAGUUAAACUUUUCAAGGCAAGAAAUGUGAAGAUCAAGAUCCUCCGCCCCAAAUAUUUAUAAAUACUAAAAGGAAUUUAUAGUUUCUGGUAGGACUGGAAUAAAAACAGUUUUAACUUCUGAAGUUUUCUGUUAUAAUUAUUAUCUUGUUCUCAAGUCAAGAGUAAAUUUUACCUCGGUUUACUUCAUAUUCCAUUUUUUAUAGUUUUUCUCCCUUAAUCAAAUUUCUUUGAGCAGAAAAGUUAUUCAUAUUGGCUUUAUCAGAAAUCGACGAACUUGAUCUUAAUGAUUAAAAUUAUAUUAAAAUUAUACUAAGUUUUUCAAGAAAGUAUUGACGCUUCCGUUAGAAUAUGCAAUUAACCGGAAAUCAAACUAAAGAAAGAAAGAAAGCUAAUAGAAUAUGUUUAUUAUGUUUUCGUAACAAUCCCUUAGUGUACACUGUACACAAUACAAUGCACUAUGUACAACGGACACAUUGAUAAAAUAUGUAAUCCUAGUUAGAUCUUCGUGACACUAGAUGUCUCUGUAUUGUAAUCAUUAAUUGCAGA